AUGACAAUAGAUCUGGUUAGUCAUGAAAUUCUCACCCUACGGGACUUGAGUGGUUCAACCGAAUGCGAUGCUUCCGGCUUUAAUGCCAAAUCGUUCUAUUCGACGUUCACUACGGACGAGUUGUCUGAGAUAUUCUACGGCUGCUGGGAUCUGUUUAAUUCAGCCCCUUUCGACGCGAUAACUGUUAGACUUGGAUCGCAAGAGGUGGAAAAGCGGUGGCUUUUUACCUAUUUGUCGCAUACUCGUGCCACACGAAUCUUGUUCAUGGAAAACGUAUUGGUGCAUAUAUCUAUCUCAGAAAUCCCCUGUUUGGCCAACUUCCUCUCGGGUUUCUUUCGAUAUUUGAUUGGAAGAACCAAUUUGGAACCCGAGGAUGCAGCUUCCCUGUCAGAUCUUAUUUUGAUCACUUGGUGGGAUUUGGGUUUCGCCACACCGACCAAUUAUGUGCAUCUGUCACGGACACUUUACACCGAGCUGGUAUCGAUUUGGACCGAUUCACAGCACAACAACACCCAACUAUUCACAACCAUUUCACAGUACCCAGAGUAUGCCCAUGUGCUGAUGGUCUUACUCCUAAGGCUGUACAGUGACUUGAUGGAAGGCUGUUUAGCCGAACAGGAAUCGAGUGAUCGUCAGUCUGAUAAACCGACCAAGAAUUCAGCUUCGCGUAUGCUUGGCGUACAUUCAAGUCACGCUUUUCAACAACUGGACCAAGUGUAUCGGGAAACUUUGCAUAUUCUUGACCAGUCGACCGAAGUACCGAUAAGCACUGAAAUUAAAUACACAUACGAGCUAUUUUCCACGACAGUUCGUAUUCUCAAGCAAGCGGUCCGGUGUCGAUCCAUGGUCGAUUCGUUGUAUCAGCAUCUUGAGUUGCCUUUCAACCAUUCCGAAGUUGAUCAUUCAUUGUCCAUCCGAUUCGCGCUCAUUUGUGACUACCUGCUUGUGCGUGCCUGUCGUUACCUGUCCAGCCACUCCGAGAUGUGUUCCACUGGCGAUCCAUUUCCAAGUCAGUUCAGUUGCUUGAUUCACGCGACCGCACCGAAACACCUGAUAGCACACUUGUUAACCAAUUCUGUAUCUCUACCAACGGGAUCAUUGCCUUCUUAUUCGGCAUGGGAUUUCCGCAGAGAAGCGUCGGAAACCACGGCCUCGUUUUUGCCCCAUGUGGAAUUGAUGUGUCGUGCACUUGAUCGAAGACUAAAUGCACUCGGCUUGGCCUCAUGGUUCGUUCAGUGCAGCGAUCCGAAAGAUGUGCAUUUGGCUAACAGUCUGCUCUCUCGUCUGAUGAAACUAGCCCCGCUAUUCGCUGUCAAUCCUCAAUUCGCACUUUCACUAAUCAUUCGAAUUGACCGCCUCCGCCAACUCACCCUUCCCGAACAGAAUUAUUUAAAAUUCCUUCGGGCCAUUUUAUCCCACAUGUCCACGGAGAACAAAGUUCAGCUACUGCACGCUGUUCAUUCCGAUCGAAAUCCAACACACGCAUGUCCACUCUCGCGUAACCCAAAUCAACUGGAAUCUCGAAUGCGUAUGCUGUUCAAUCGUCUUGUCGUAAUCGAUGAGACUGACGUGAACACAUCCGUCGGUGAGGCUGCCCAAAUUUCGGACACCAAAUCUACCGCAACGAUCCGUGAUCCGGAAGUGAGUUGGUCUUGA